UCUCAAUUCUUCAUUUUCCUUCUUCUUCUUCUUCUCGGAUAAUUAAAAUAAAAAACAAAAAAAUGUGUGGGAUCUUCGCGUAUCUGAAUUUUCACGCGAACAAAGAGAGACGAUACAUUCUCGAGGUUCUCUUCAAUGGUCUUCGUCGUCUUGAAUACAGAGGUUACGAUUCUGCUGGUAUCGCCAUUGAUAAUUCAGAUGCUUCUUCUUCUUCUUCUCCUCUCGUGUUUCGUCAAGCUGGAAACAUUGAAUCACUUGUUAAUUCUGUUAACGAAGAGGUUGCGAAUACGGAUUUGAACCUAGAUGAAGUUUUCUACUUUCAUGCUGGGAUUGCACAUACUAGGUGGGCUACUCAUGGUGAGCCAGCUCCUAGGAAUAGUCAUCCUCAAUCUUCUGGUCCUGGAGAUGAUUUUUUGGUUGUUCAUAAUGGUGUUAUCACUAACUAUGAGGUUCUUAAAGAAACUUUAGUGAGGCAUGGGUUUACUUUUGAAUCGGAUACAGAUACUGAAGUCAUUCCUAAGCUUGCUAAAUUUGUUUUUGACAAAGCUAAUGAAGAAGGUGGACAGACUGUAACAUUCUGUGAAGUUGUCUUUGAAGUAAUGAGGCAUCUUGAGGGAGCUUAUGCUCUUAUAUUUAAAAGCUGGCAUUAUCCGAAUGAGUUAAUUGCGUGCAGGCUUGGCAGUCCAUUGCUUUUAGGUGUUAAAGAGCUAGAUCAAGAGAAGAGCAAUAGUCAUGUUUUCCAGGAUGCCCACUUUCUUUCUAAGAAUGACCAUCCCAAAGAAUUUUUCCUAUCAAGUGACCCACAUGCUCUUGUUGAGCACACAAAGAAAGUUUUGGUGAUUGAAGAUAGUGAAGUUGUUAACCUCAAGGAUGGAGGUGUGUCGAUACUUAAGUUUGAAAACGAGAGAGGAAGGCGUAAUGGUUUCUCGAGACCUGCUUCAGUGGAACGUGCCUUAUCUGUUCUAGAGAUGGAGGUGGAGCAAAUAAACAAGGGGAAAUAUGAUCAUUACAUGCAAAAAGAGAUCCACGAGCAACCAGAUUCUUUAACUACUACAAUGAGAGGCCGGCUUAUUCGUGGUGAUUCACGCAAAAUGAAAACAGUCCUCCUAGGUGGUUUGAAAGAUCACUUAAAGACCAUAAGACGCAGCCGGCGUAUAGUUUUUAUUGGAUGUGGGACAAGUUACAACGCUGCUCUUGCAUCAAGACCUAUCCUUGAAGAGCUCUCUGGUAUACCAGUCAGCAUGGAGAUCGCUAGUGAUCUAUGGGACCGGCAAGGUCCAAUAUACAGAGAAGAUACCGCAGUUUUUGUGAGUCAGUCUGGUGAAACUGCAGAUACACUACUUGCUUUGGACUAUGCUCGAGAAAACGGUGCGUUAUGUGUCGGCAUAACUAACACCGUUGGGAGCUCAAUAGCUAGAAAAACACACUGUGGUGUCCACAUAAACGCAGGAGCUGAGAUUGGUGUGGCAAGUACAAAGGCAUACACAAGUCAGAUUGUGGUGAUGGUAAUGCUAGCUUUAGCAAUUGGAAGUGACACAAUCUCCAGCCAAAAGAAACGGGAAGAUAUAAUUGAUGGACUACUUGAUUUGCCAUAUAAAGUUAAGGAAGUACUAAAGCUAGACGAUGAAAUGAAAGAUCUUGCGCAACUUUUGAUAGACGAGCAGUCACUGCUUGUGUUUGGCAGAGGGUACAACUACGCAACCGCUUUAGAAGGAGCAUUAAAAGUAAAAGAAGUAUCACUUAUGCACAGUGAAGGAAUACUUGCAGGAGAAAUGAAACAUGGACCUUUAGCUUUAGUUGAUGAGAAUCUCCCAAUCGUUGUGAUCGCCACUCGCGAUGCUUGUUUCAGCAAACAACAAUCUGUGAUUCAACAACUUCACGCACGCAAAGGGAGAUUAAUAGUAAUGUGUUCUAAAGGUGAUGCUGCCUCAGUAAGCUCGAGCGGAUCUUGUCGAGUAAUCGAAGUUCCUCAAGUUGAAGAUUGCUUACAACCUGUUAUUAACAUAGUGCCAUUGCAGCUACUGGCUUAUCAUCUGACUGUUCUGAGAGGUCACAACGUUGAUCAACCGAGGAAUCUGGCGAAGAGUGUGACUACUCAAUAGAGAGCUUAAAGGGAAUGACUCUAGUUUGUAUAGUUUUGCCACAUGCCUUUGGAGUUUUUUUGUUUUGUUUGUUAAGUUGUUUAACCAUGUCUUUACUCUUUGCCACGCUUUUAUGGCUAAAAUCCCAAGAUCAAUAAAGUUUUCAAAUUUUUGUUUUCA